AUGGGUUUAUUCUCCACCCUAUCGACAUCGGAUGACGGACCACAAACGUCUUCUGUCAACAUCCCCACGGUUGUCCAACUCUACACAUCGAAGCCAAUUUUGAUCGAUACAACUCCCAUGGUGAACGGCUACACUGCCAUGACAUAUCAAGCAAUUCAAGUGGGUGCCUUCAAAGAUGAACAGGAGCCCAAAAAUAGACAUCAAAACCCUGACUUGGGCGUCUGGAAUUGUCGAGUGAACAGGGAAACUCUGUUGGAUUCCCUCUUAGCCAAAGUCACUUCGCAUUCCAGAACAUACUGCUGGACGGUGGAUUUGUCUGAUUCUACUUCUGUGGAACCUAGCAUUAGUCAAUUACAAGGAGCUUUGGUGCGAUAUCUGAUUGAAAAUCCUCCUCCAGAAGAUGAGCAACGAACAACCUCCACUACAACAUUGUAUCAACUGCAAGCAACUCAGUUUGGCUUGGCAGUGGAAGAUAAAGAGUCAAAUAUUACGGCAAAGAAUAUUGGUGAAGCGACAGCCUCUAUCAAAACGUCAAUCAUGAUUUGCGCGAUAAUGCCCGUGGAGGAACAAGAAGUCAGCGAAAGCGCCUACAAAACCAACCAGGCAAAUGCCUUGGUCAUCUAUCAUCUUCGAAGGUUUGCAGCUGCCAUAAAUGCGACACUUUGUUUUGUCGAACCUGAAGAUGCAGCCUCAGAAAACAAUCCAUCUUCUCCAAUGAAGGAAUCCCAACAAUCGCAAUCAAAAUCACAAUCUCAGCAGCAGAAGGAAUCCUCCCAACCAGCCGUGAGCUUCGAUGAACUAUCGAAACUGUGGAAGGAACUAGCUCUAGAUAAACCCAUCUGGGAGACUGACGACAAAGAAAACGCGAACGACAAUGACAAUACAGAAGGGUCCCCUGUCAGUGUUGCCACACCCAUUUACGGUCCAGGACGGCACCAAGAGGAUUUCAUUGAAAGUGUACUACUGAGAAAUGCACAUUACCCCGGACACUGGGAAGCCAGCAAAGAUAGUCUGUGGGUGGCAUUGCCGACCGCACGCGAGACACCUCAAGCCGAAACUGGAACAGACGAUGGGGACGACGGAUGGUUGUCCCAACUACGAGAAUCCAUUGCCUCGGCUGCCUCAGCUGCCAAGCCAGCUAUUGCCCCCGAAGAGACCAAAGCAGAAGAGAAGGCAUCCGAAACACAGGACGUGGCCGUAUCCGAUUUCUUUGCCAGUUUGUUGAAGGACCCAUAG